CCGGCGGCCCGGACGAAGCUCGGCAAAGGGGUGCUAGGGGCGCAGAGUCUAAAAAUUUCAUCAUUGAACUUGUCAAAUUCUAACAAAACAGAAGCCAAAUCACAGAUUGUUUGGAGCGUGAAAUGCACCUUUGUCUGUAUUAAAAUGCAUCAUGAUUAGAAGCUUGUAUGUCUCUCAAACAUCAGGAUGGAAGAAGUUAGUGUUAUCCAGCAUUCCUGCUGAGUAUAAAACUUACUGCCAUUUCUGAUCUUUGAAGAGAGAUUUAUCGCUUCCUGUGGCAAUACUGAAUACUCAAAAGUUUCACUAGCACGACUCAUCUGUUCUGUUCCAGAGUGUGUUGUGACAUCAAGAGCUGCAUGAAGAAUAGCCAGCAUGAAGAGAACAAGUCAGUCCAGGCAGAAGUGCAGGAGCGUCAAGAACAUAAAUCAGGAAGGUGAAAUGGAAGGUGAGGCAGUCGAAGCCAUCGUGGAGGAAUCAGAAACUUUUAUUAAGGGGAAAGAGAGAAAAACCUACCAGAGGCGCCGUGAAGGUGGGCAGGAGGAUGAUGCUUGUCAUCUACCAGCCAACCAAGCAGAUGGAGGGGAAGUAGUGCAGGAUGUCAACAGUGGUGUGCAGAUGGUGAUGAUGGAACAGCUGGAUCCAGCUCUUCUUCAGAUGAAGACUGAAGUAAUGGAAGGUGCAGUGCCUCAAGAAACAGAGGCUACGGUGGAUGAUACACAGAUCAUCACCCUUCAGGUUGUUAAUAUGGAAGAGCAGCCUAUAAAUCUUGGUGAGCUUCAGCUGGUCCAAGUACCUGUACCAGUGACUGUACCUGUUGCCACCACAUCUGUGGAAGAACUUCAGGGAGCUUAUGAGAAUGAGGUUUCCAAAGGAGGCCUGCAAGAGGGAGAGCCCAUGAUCUGUCACACCCUUCCUUUACCAGAAGGCUUCCAAGUAGUGAAAGUGGGUGCAAAUGGUGAGGUGGAGACACUGGAACAAGGUGAACUUCAGCCACAGGAAGAUCCCAACUGGCAAAAAGAUCCAGACUAUCAGCCACCAGCCAAAAAAACAAAGAAAAACAAAAAGAGUAAGCUUCGUUACACCGAGGAAGGCAAAGAUGUGGAUGUGUCUGUGUAUGACUUUGAAGAGGAGCAGCAGGAAGGUUUGUUGUCUGAGGUCAAUGCAGAAAAGGUGGUGGGCAACAUGAAGCCACCUAAACCAACAAAAAUUAAAAAGAAAGGUGUAAAGAAGACAUUCCAGUGUGAACUGUGCAGUUACACUUGUCCGCGCCGUUCCAACCUGGACCGCCACAUGAAGAGCCACACUGAUGAGAGGCCACACAAGUGUCAUCUCUGUGGCAGGGCUUUCCGGACAGUCACGUUGCUGAGGAACCACCUCAACACUCACACAGGUACUCGCCCUCACAAGUGCCCAGACUGUGACAUGGCCUUUGUGACCAGUGGAGAGUUGGUUCGGCACCGCCGCUACAAACACACCCACGAGAAACCCUUCAAAUGUUCCAUGUGUGAUUAUGCCAGUGUGGAGGUUAGCAAAUUGAAACGCCACAUUCGGUCUCACACCGGAGAGCGCCCGUUCCAGUGCAGCUUGUGCAGCUAUGCCAGCAGGGACACCUACAAACUGAAGAGGCACAUGAGGACCCACUCUGGAGAGAAGCCAUAUGAAUGCUACAUCUGCCACGCUCGCUUCACUCAGAGUGGAACCAUGAAGAUGCACAUUCUGCAGAAGCACACAGAGAACGUGGCCAAAUUUCACUGUCCUCACUGUGAUACUGUUAUAGCCAGAAAGAGUGACUUGGGUGUCCACUUGAGGAAGCAGCAUUCCUACAUCGAGCAGGGCAAGAAGUGCCGCUACUGUGACGCCGUGUUCCACGAGCGCUACGCGCUCAUCCAGCACCAGAAGUCCCACAAGAACGAGAAGCGCUUCAAGUGUGACCAGUGUGAUUAUGCCUGCAGACAGGAGAGACACAUGGUCAUGCACAAACGGACCCACACUGGAGAGAAGCCUUAUGCCUGUAGCCAUUGUGACAAGACCUUCCGCCAGAAGCAGCUCCUGGACAUGCACUUCAAACGAUACCACGACCCCAACUUCGUCCCUGCUGCCUUUGUCUGCUCCAAGUGUGGCAAAACCUUCACUCGCCGGAACACAAUGGCCAGACAUGCUGAUAACUGCUCUGGCCUCGAUGGUGGGGAAGGAGAGAAUGGAGGAGAGACAAAGAAGGGCAAACGUGGCCGAAAGAGAAAGAUGAGGUCCAAGAAAGAAGACUCCUCUGACAGUGAGGAAAAUGCUGAGCCAGAUCUGGAUGAUAAUGAAGAUGAGGAGGAGACAGCAGUAGAAAUUGAGGCUGAACCAGAAGUGGAGCCAGAGGCUCCUGCACCACCUCCCAGUAAGAAACGAAGAGGAAGACCACCAGGCAAAGCUGCUGCCCAACCAAAACAAUCCCAACCUGCAGCAAUCAUCCAGGUUGAAGACCAGAACACUGGGGAGAUCGAAAACAUUAUAGUGGAAGUAAAGAAAGAACCUGAUGCAGAAACAGCAGAGGAGGAGGAGGAAGCUCAGCCUGCUGUGGUGGAAGCUCCCAAUGGAGACCUGACCCCUGAGAUGAUUCUCAGCAUGAUGGACCGGUGAUGGAGGAGAACCACCCUGGCCUGACUGAACUGCCCUGGGCUGUGUUUAAACGGCUCAAAUCUAUUUUUCCUUUUACCUUUUUUUUUUUUGUUUUGUUUUCUUGGCUUUGGGAAAUGCAUCAUUUUAAGACCAUUUUACCAAACAUACUGGGAAAAAAUAAAAUUAAAAAAACCACCAAACAAAAACGACACAAAAAAAAAACCCCAACCAACCAACCACGACUUCAAGAUGAUGUUAGAACGUGAUUUAACUAGAACUUGCUGUUUUAUGUUAGCAUUGCAGGAUCAUGGAACAUUAGGAAUAUAUUUUGGAGUCCUUGAAAGGGUUUCCUGUGAGAUGCUUGAUUUAGUUUUGCUCUGAACUGCAUCGUAAAGCUGGCCCAAGGGUCCUGUUUACAUGCACCAAGUUUUAAUAGUCAAAAAUGGAAGGUAUGUGGUAAGCCACUCUGGAUUUACCCUUCCAGUUCCCAGAGUCCUUGAGCCUCCUUCUCUCAGUAGUGUUUUUAACUGUAAAUGCAGACUUGGGAGGGUUCUAGACUUUUAAAACGUUGGGUUUUGUUUUGUUUUGUUUUGCUUUCCCCACUGACUUGCUCCAGUUCUCCCAGUCGGCUGCACACGGUAGUCUUGGCAUGCUCCAACUGGUUGCUGUCUUUCAUUAAUGUGCUUUGCUUUCUGCAAAGCAUUUCUGUAAUGGUCAAGCUUGUAAAUAACUUUUUUUUUUUUUUUACAUUUUAAUCUUUUUUUUUUUUCCAUUAAUUAAGAGGGAUGCAAAAAAAAAAAACAUAAUAAAAAAAUGCAGCUUAAAGAAACCCCAGGAUUUGAAUUCCUUUCAAACGAAGCAACAAGAGAAACUGAGGAGAGUGGAAAUGCUGGAAAAGCUCUGGAGGAACCAAGCCCGUGGAGAAGAUCAUUGCUUGCAGAACAAGAGAAACCCACCCCUGAGACCUGUUUGGUUUUUCUCAAGCACACAAACCUGAAACCUGCACCAUGAACCUUGUGGGUUUUUUUUCCCCACGAUUUUUUGGGUUGUUGGUUUUACAUUUUCUUUGCUCUCUCUCUCUGUCUCUCUCUCUCUCUCCUGGUUGCACUGGGUGUUGCUGGAGCCCGUGCCGAGGCACGUGGGGCUGGUGACACUGCAGCCCCUCCAAACCUGGGCCAGGAAAUGUUUCAUGGGUCAGUAAUUCAAACCCUUUGGGAUCUCUUGAGGAUGACAACAAAAAUCAGAAUAAUGUGAACUGCAAAGGAUGCCUGUAUAUGAACUGUCACAUGGUAAACAAACCAGAAACAAACUAUGUAAGCUUUUUAUAGAGCCUCAGUCUUGCUGAUUUCAACCCAAUUUUUCUUCUAUGUAUCGCUUUUAAAGGAGCUCUCAGUUUAGCUAUCAGACUCUAGGUUGAUGCAUUUUUGUACUUAGCUGUACUGUGUGAUAUUUUUCAUUAUUUUAGGAAGCCAACAUGGGGGGAAAUAAAAAAGAAAACGACACAAAAAAAAAAAAUACUGUUAUAAAAUACGUAAUGGGGUUUGAAGCUGGGAAGGAGAAUAUACUGCUGUACAGCUAAUAAAUAAUAAUGGAUUAA